GGAGACGCCCACUUUCUCUUCGAAGCUACGGUGGCCGACCGGGAACAAGAGGCUUGAGCAGGGAGGGACGCUUUCACGAAUAAGCCCAGCAGUUUUUGAUAUCCAGCAGGCAGAGCGGAGAUGGCGGCGGCGGCGUUGUUUGCUGCGGUAGACAGGAACCAGUUGCGGCGGGUCCCGAUCCUGCUGCUGCAGCCGAGGGAAUGGGCUUGGAAGCAGAGGACUAUGCAAUAUGGAACAACACCAGGAGGAAGCAUUACCAAGGUCCUCAUUGCAAACAGAGGAGAAAUUGCCUGUAGGGUGAUACGAACAGCCAAAAAAAUGGGUGUGCAGUCUGUGGCUGUCUACAGUGAGGCUGACAGGAAUUCCAUGCAUGUAGAUCUGGCGGACGAGGCAUAUUCCAUUGGCCCUGCUCCGUCUCAGCAGAGCUACCUCGCAAUGGAAAAGAUUAUUCAAGUGGCCAAGAGCUCUGCAGCACAGGCCAUCCAUCCAGGAUAUGGUUUUCUGUCGGAAAACAUGGAGUUUGCUGAACUUUGUAAGCAAGAAGGAAUCAUUUUUAUAGGUCCUCCUUCAUCUGCAAUUAGAGACAUGGGUAUAAAGAGCACGUCCAAGUCCAUCAUGGCUGCCGCUGGAGUACCUGUUGUGGAAGGCUACCAUGGCAAGGACCAAUCUGAUCAGUGCCUGAAAGAGCAUGCUGGGAAAAUCGGGUAUCCUGUUAUGAUCAAAGCCGUCCGUGGAGGUGGAGGAAAAGGCAUGAGGAUCAUUAGAUCAGAAAAAGAAUUCCAAGAGCAGUUAGAGUCAGCCCGGAGGGAGGCUAAGAAGUCUUUCAAUGAUGAUGCAAUGUUGAUCGAGAAGUUCGUGGACACACCAAGGCACGUGGAAGUCCAGGUGUUUGGUGAUCACCAUGGCAAUGCAGUAUACUUGUUUGAAAGAGACUGUAGUGUGCAGAGGAGACAUCAGAAGAUCAUUGAGGAGGCCCCAGCGCCUGGUAUUAAUCCUGAAGUAAGAAGAAGGCUGGGAGAGGCUGCAGUCAGAGCUGCAAAAGCUGUCAAAUAUGUGGGAGCAGGAACUGUGGAAUUCAUUAUGGACUCAAAGCACAAUUUUUAUUUCAUGGAGAUGAACACAAGGCUACAAGUGGAACAUCCUGUCACUGAGAUGAUCACGGGGACUGAUUUGGUGGAAUGGCAGCUCAGGAUUGCAGCAGGAGAGAAGAUUCCUUUGACCCAGGAAGAAAUCCCUCUGCAGGGCCAUGCCUUUGAGGCUAGAAUCUAUGCAGAAGACCCUGACAAUAACUUCAUGCCAGGGGCUGGACCAUUAGUUCACCUCUCUACCCCUCCGGCAGACAUAUCUACAAGGAUUGAAACUGGAGUCCGGCAAGGAGAUGAGGUCUCAGUGCAUUAUGACCCCAUGAUCGCAAAGCUCGUUGUGUGGGCCUCAGAUCGCCAGUCAGCCCUGUCAAAACUGAGGUACAGCCUUCGUCAGUACAAUAUUGUCGGCUUGCGCACCAAUGUGGACUUCCUGCUCAGGCUCUCUGGCCACCCAGAGUUUGAAGCUGGGAAUGUGCACACUGACUUCAUCCCUCAACAUCACAAGGACCUGCUGCCCACUCACAGCACCAUAGCCAAAGAGUCUGUGUGCCAGGCAGCUUUGGGGCUCAUCCUCAAAGAGAAAGAAAUGACCAGCACUUUUAAACUCCACACUCAAGAUCAGUUCUCUCCGUUUUCAUUCAGCAAUGGGAGAAGACUAAAUAGCUCUUACACCAGGAGCAUGACUCUGACAAGUGGUAAAAGUGAUAUAGUCAUAGCUGUGACAUAUAACCGAGAUGGGUCAUAUAACAUGCAGAUUGAAAAUAAAUCCUUUCAAGUCCUGGGCGAUCUUUCCAGUGAGGAUGGCUGUACCUACCUGAAGUCUUCUAUUAAUGGAGUAGCCAGUAAAUCCAAGUUCAUCCUCCUGGACAACACUAUUUACCUGUUUUCUACGGAGGGCAGUAUUGAAGUUGGCAUUCCAGUACCCAAGUACUUGUCUCCAGUGAGUGCAGAAGGAACUCAGGGAGGCACCAUCGCACCCAUGACUGGAACCAUUGAAAAGGUGUAUGUGAGAGCUGGAGACAGAGUAAAAGCUGGGGACUCUCUGGUGGUUAUGAUUGCCAUGAAGAUGGAGCAUACCAUAAAAGCUCCAAAGGACGGCAGGAUAAAAAAGGUGUUUUUCAGUGAAGGAGCCCAAGCCAACAGACAUGCACCAUUAGUGGAGUUUGAGGAGGAGGAGUCUGACAAAUGUGAAUCACAGUGAACUGUGUCCCGAAAGAAAUAGCCGACUGCACAGCGCCUUAUAUGUCUUCAAACAGCAAGUGUCUCUUCGGUCUCAAGAUCUCGGAGGAGCUUUAUUAAAUCAAUGGUGGUGUGAUUGUAUUUAAACCCUUUCAUACUUAUAAAUUAUCUAUAAAGAUUUCAUAGAAAUAAAACCAAGUUGUAUUUUUUUAAUUUGGAAA